CGCCAUUGGUCGCCGGGCGGGGCAGGACCCACCGCGCCGCCGCCGGCAAGCCCAUUGGCUGCGGCGCGCGCGGGGCCGGACGGGAAGCCCGUUCGAAUCGCCCAGACGUUGCCGGGCGGCAAGAGGAGGCGGGAGCGCCGUGGCCGCCUCCUGCCCGCCUGUCCUCUGAACGUGCACAGAGCGCCGGUCGCCCCCGGAGCCUCUGGUGAUGGACCGGGCGGCUCCCCGGCAGCCCCUCGCCUCAAACGCGGCCGGCGGAGACUCCCGGCUGCCCCGGCCGGGGCUGCGGGGAAAGCGCGCCGCCGCGGACGAGAACGCGCCCCCGGAGCCCCAGAAACGGGCGCGCACCGGGCCGGCGCCGGCAACGAAGGUCGCGGCGUCCCAAGCGACGAGCGCGGCCGAGGGAGGGUCCCGGCCCCGAGCGGGCCCCGCCGCCCCCCGCGGGCUCCUGCGCGUCACCGGACGACGCCGGUCCUCGGCCAGGGCGACCAUCGCCGCCCUCCCGGCAGCAGGGCUGAACAGCCGGACGGCUCCUGCAGCGCCUCCCAGACAAGGCCCCCCAGCCGGCCCCCCAGCCAUCGGGCGGGAGAAGAAGCGAGCCCCCUGGGACCUGAAGGGGCAGGUGAGUGACCUGCACGCCAAGGUGGGUGUCUACAAGGAGAGGAUCCAGGGCCUGCUGGGGGAGAACGAAGCCCUGAAGAGCCAGCUGGGGGGGCUGCAGCAGGAGCUGAAGGAGGCGACAGCCCAGAAUGGAGAGCUCGGCGGCCGGGCCAGCUUGCUGGCUUCGGAGCUGCAGGCCUGCCGAGACCAGGCCAGGGAGAGCGGCCAGAAAGUGUUGGAGCUGCUGGAGAAGGAGCGGCAGCUGGCAGAGACAUGCCGGGCCCAGGCGCAGAGGAUCGGGCAGCUGGAGGCCAUCAACCAGGAGGUCACGGAGGGCAGCCGGGAGCUGACCGCCCAGCUGAGGGUCCGAGAGGGGGAGCUGCUGGUGGCCGAAGAGGGCCUGGCCGAGCAUCGGCAGCAGAACGAGACGCUGACGGCCCGCCUGGCGUUGCUGGAGGAACAGCUGCACACGGGCGAGAUGGAGCGACGCUGCCUGCACAACGCCCUGCAGGAGCUGAAGGGGAACAUCCGCGUCUUCUGCCGAGUGCGGCCCUUGCUGGCCAGCGAGAGGCAGGCUCAGAAGCCCCCCAGCCACCUGCGCUUCCCAGCCGACAACAACAAGGGCCUUGUGCUCUCCAGGGCGGAAGAGUCCCACAUUGGCCGGGAGCGCAAGGACGACAUCAGCUACGAGUUCAGCUUUGACCGGGUGUUUCCCCCGUCCAGCUCCCAGGAGAGCGUCUUUGAGGAGAUCUCCCUGCUUGUUCAGUCUGCCUUGGACGGGUAUCAUGUCUGCAUUUUCGCCUACGGGCAAACGGGCAGCGGCAAGACGUACACGAUGGAGGGCCGUGAUGACCUGGGCCCCGAGACGGCAGGCAUGAUCCCUCGGGCCGUGCGACAGAUCUUUGCGGCCUCCCGUGAGAUGGAAGCCAAGGGGUGGAAGUACCAGUUCACAGCCAACUUCCUGGAGAUCUACAAUGAGACGCUGCGGGAUCUUUUGUCGCUGCGGCCAGAGCAGAAUGGGGAGCUGGAGAUCCGAAGAGUGAGCCAGUUCACGGAGGAGCUGCACGUCCCCAACCUCUCCUACAUGCCCGUCUCUUCUGAGGAGGAGGUCCGGAGGCUGCUUCUGACGGCCCAAAGCCACCGCUCCGUGGCCAAGACCAACCUGAACGAGCGCUCCUCCCGCAGCCACAGCAUCUUCCAGCUCCGGGUGGAGGGCAGCAACGCCAGGCGGGGGCUGCACACCUCCUCCGUGCUGAGCUUGGUGGACCUGGCGGGCAGCGAGCGGCUGGACAGGUCUCUCUCCACAGGGGAGCGGCUGAAGGAGACCCAGGCCAUCAACACCAGCCUCUCGAACCUGGGCCUGGUCAUCACCGCCCUCAGCAACAAGGAGGCCCACAUCCCUUAUCGCAACAGCAAGCUGACAUACCUGCUGCAGAACUCGUUGGGCGGCAGCUCCAAAAUGCUGAUGUUUGUGAACAUCUCCCCUCUGGAGGAGAACUUUGCCGAGUCCCUGAACUCCCUCCGCUUCGCUAGGAAAGUGAACGAGUGCGUCAUAGGCACGGCCUCCAGCAACCGGAAGUGAGGGUCUCCGCACGCCCCUCCCGGCUACCCGUGUUCGUGUUUUUUAAUUGUUUUACCGCUUUGUGUCCCGUGUGUGUUUGUGUGUCUCGUUUGUGUAACUUUCUUGAAUAAAAACGGGCGGAUUGCCCAGCCGAG